AUGGACUGCCUACUAGCAGCUGUUUCUUCCGCGUUGCUUCUCCUCGUGGCAGGUCUUCCUGGCAUCGAGAGCGUAAACCUUGCGCCGAAACCUACGGCCGCGGCGCCGCCAGUCACCCGCGACCAGAUAAUAGCAGAAGUUAAAUACGCGGCUUCCAUAAUCAAGAAGAACCCUAACUACACCAGGAUUGCCACCGUCGCGAGCACGUUAUUACCCAAGGCACCCAAGAAAUACGACCUGACUCAAUUAUACAAUAGCACCAUUCUCCUCGGCAACAACGAUGCGCUAAAAGUGCUACUAUCGAAGGUGCCUAUAACGCAGCUCGACAAGCUCUUCCAGGCGCUCCAGUUCAUGACCAUCCGAGGGCGGUGGAACGUGGUGACCUUCAAGAAGCUCGGGCCUGUGCAGUUUGACACGUGGUAUGGCAAAAAGAUUCAGAAGAUGUCUGCAGCGAAUGCCGUGCCCGUUGCCUUCGGCGCUCCGGGCUCGCCCGCGGGCAAAUGGACGCACAUAGUGACGGCGAAGCUCUAUAGUGGGCCCUACUUUACUGUUCAUGGGAUAGAUUACUGCAUUAUUGUCUGA